GGCUGGUGGGGCGUGCGAUGGGCGAGACUCCCUUUGCCUAAAAACCAAAAUCCAGUGCCGUGGGGGGGGGGCAAAGCUGAGCUUUGGGUGAUCUCCAUCCUUCUGCUUGUGGGAUGGAUUUUCCCUGCUGAGGGCAUGCGGUGAGGUUGCUGCGGCUCCUCUUUAGGCGUUGGGUGAUGGUUGGAGAUGCCAUAUCUCCUCCUUACCCCUUCUUCCCAUGCUCCGGGUCACUCAACCGGCUAUCUGAGGAUCCCAGACCUUCCCUGUGGUUUCCUCUUUCUCCUUCAAGUUUUUUUCCAAUCCCCUCUUGGUGCUGGCGAUGCUUUGGGCACGGAGAGGUUUCUCCCCCCCCCCCCCCCCCCCCCCAGGGGCUUGAGAACCAAACCAAAAUCAUCCCCCUGUGGCACCCACCCAGUAGAAGCUGGAGAAACUGCUGGAGCUGCAGCUCCUGUGGCGUUUCCUCAUCCAACUUCUUGCGCCACAGAGCUGAGGGCAGCUUGGUGAGGAAGUGGGGAAAUGCCUAUUUCCUCGGUUACUGGGGUGGAAGUGGAGGGGGGACACGACCAUGAAGCCAAGCGGUUUGGGGUGCUUGCGCCACACGUUCUCAUUGAGGAGCAUCUCUCUGGACUGGUUUUGGUGGUGCUGCCUCUUUGCCCUGGGGGGAGAGGACUGUCGGAUGGAGGGGAGAGAUGAUGGCGAUGAUGAUGGUUGUAAGGAAGAGAUGUUUUACGAUGAGGGUGGUGAGAUGCUGGAACAGGUUGCCCAGAGGAAUUGUGGAAGCCCCAUCUUCAAGGUCAGGUUGGAUGGGACUUGGAGCAACCUGAUCUAGUGGAAGAUGUCCUUGCCCAUGACAGGGGGUUGGACUGGAUGAUCUUUGAAGGUCCCUUCAACCCAAACCAUUCUUUGGUGGUCUAACAGAGUGUGGUUUCUAGGUUGGGAGCUGGUGGAGGAUGGACUUCUUAAUGUCCAAUUAUACCUUCAAUUACUCCAACGGGGACGACUAUUCCAUAUAUGAUUUUGAUGGCUAUGAAGUUCCUCACAGCUACCGCGCCGUCCUGGUGCUCUACGCCCUCAUCUUCCUCCUGGGCGUCUUGGGCAAUGGAGCCGUCAUCUGGGUGACCGGCUUUGAGCUGCGGCGCACGGUGAACGGUGUCUGGUUCCUCAACCUCUCUGUGGCCGACCUCCUCUGCUGCCUGGCCCUGCCCUUCCUGGCCCUGCCGCUGGCCCGUGACCACCAUUGGCCGUUGGGUCGCUUCGCCUGCAAGCUGCUGCCCUCCCUCACCAUCCUCAACAUGUUCGCCAGCAUCCUCCUCCUGAUGGCCAUCAGCGCUGACCGUUGUGCCCUGGUGACGCGGCCGGUGUGGUGCCAAAACCACCGGACGUUGGGGCUGGUCCGGGGCACUUGCGCGGCCGCCUGGUUCCUGGCCGGGCUCCUCACCCUUCCUUCCUUCAUCUUUCGCACCACCCGUUUGGAUGACUUCUCCGAGAAGACCACCUGCGUCCUGGACUACGCGGCCGUGGGGCAUCACCAGCAUGUCACCGAGCUCGUUACGGCUGUCACCCGCUUCAUCUGCGGCUUCCUGGUGCCCUUCGUGGUGAUCACGGCUUGCUAUAGCUUGCUGCUGGCCCGUGUCCACAGCAAGGGCUUUGCUCACUCCCAGAAAGCCAUCAAGCUCAUCUUGGUGGUCAUCAUCAGCUUCUUCGUGUGCUGGCUGCCCUACCACGUCGUGGGCUUGAUCCUGGCCUCCACCCAUCCUCACAGCACCUUGUUCAAGGGUGCCCUGGCAGCUGACCCUAUCGUAACUGGCAUCGCCUACAUCAACAGCUGCAUCAACCCCAUCAUCUACGUCGUCAUGGGCCAGGAAUUCAAGGACAAGUUCCAGCGUUCCUGGAGAGCCGUGCUGCAGGGCGUGCUGAGUGAUGACCCCACCAGCACCAUGGGGGACAGCAGGAUGAAGACCAAGUCCACCAUGGAUGACCACAGCGUCAGCACCAAUGUGUGACCAGGAAUGAGGUAGCUCCGGGGCUGAAACAUCACUUGAGGCCACCACCUUCUCCUCUCCUGGAGGUCCCCCUGGGCCCCAUAGAGAGAAGACAAUGCCUCCAUUGUCCCCUUUCCCCACGAGUUGCCCCAGGUGGUUGCAGGCUGGGGAAGUUGUGUGCCCACCUAGCCCUGGGGCCCUCCUCCUGGCUUCCUCGGUGGCUUGCCAGCAACGAGAGGACUUUGUCUCUGCCUGCAAUACCCCCUUCUCCUGCUUCCCCAACCCAAGCAUGGACCCUACUUUCCCCUCUCAGCUCCAUGAGGGCUGUGCUGCCCCAUGAACUGUGGGAGCAGCUCGGAACACCUGGCAUUUGUUUUCAAGAGUGACCGUUAGAAUUUGUUGUGCUGCA